AUGUGCGAAGUCUCCCGCUCCCAAGCCGAGCGUCUGUUUUUGGCGUGCCUGUCAAGCUUCAUCGAGCCAAUGUGCCAUGGAGUCCGGCAGUCUGCGCUCACACUGCGCGACGGAGACAGCGCUGAAAAUGAGAAGGGAAGUGCUGAAGGCGCCACGAAGAUAUACAAUCUGUGUGACCUCGGAAGCAGACAAAGUUCAUGGCAGCGUGCCAGGAAGGCCUGGUCCGAGACGGGAAAGAAAGGCAAACAUCCAGAUCUCGGUGCUCGGGAUGAAGAUGGGCAUCUGACCCCUCGUGGCGACGGGUCUUUUUUGGAGGACACAGCAGCUCCCGAGCGGCAGCCAAACCAUGGUCUUAGCCCAAAAUGUGGUGCUGACAUGGCAGUGCGCCCGGCUCUGCCUCUCAAGGUAAGCUUCUCGAUUGUUGACUUGGUGGAGGACACUGGGCCCUCGGCUGGGCGAGCAGCAGCCAAAGUGCAAAAUGGAUCUUGGUCAAUUGAGGAAGCGAGAGAGGUAGGCCUUCACCUUUUCUGA